UCAGGAAGCAGUGUGUGUGAGAAUGCUGUUGUUGAGGCAUCUGGCUUCACAACACUUGAUGCUACAAUUGUGUCCAAAGUUGCCUACAUCUCUGACUUCACCCUAACCUGCUCCAAUGGUGCAAAGGAUAUCUCCCUCUAUGCUGAGACAAGCUCUGGGGUGGCAGGUGUUGCUCGCUCCUUGGAUGGCAGCCGCUAUCAGGUGAGCUGGAUUUCUGACAUUGCAUCAGCUCCCUCUGGUGUCCAAGACAUCAAGCUCUUUGAUGAACAAGGAUACUCAGCUCUUAAAAAGGCGCAGCGCAGUGGAGAGAGCAGCAGCGGCGUGAAGCCUCUGGCCACCAUCUCCCUGUACCAUCCCGGCGCAUACCGUGGACCUUGGGUGCAGUCAGAAACCAUAGCCGUGAUCUGCUCCAUAGCCAUCUUUUAUUACGCCUUCAAACAAAAAAGCAUCAUCACUGAGUGAAAAUGUGCGUGCCUGAUUAGCCUCUUAUGUAACAACUUACAUUGAUUGUAUUCAACUGGGGACAAAUUAGCUUCUUGUUGAGAUUGUUAUUUUUAUAUAAUAAUCUGCAAGUUAUUUUUUGCCCUUGUUGAAGCGUUUCUUGUUUUAUUUAUAUGGAAUAAACUUUUCUACGA